AUGCCGCCAAAACGCAUGACAGCAAACCCUCUGGCGCCUCUGCGCUACCGCCCAGGAAAAGCCGUCGGUGCGGACGAAUCAUCAUCAGAAGAGGAAGAGUCUGGCUCCGAAUCAGAGACCGAGCAGCAACAACAAUCCAAACCAACCACCGCACCUCCUAAGGCAACCUCUUUCCCCAAAUUCAAUUCAAACAUCAGUAAAGCCGACCUCGAGCGACGGAGACAGGAGGCUCAGGCCUUGCGCGCCCGUGAAGCAGAGCUAGCGCAAAAGGCCCAAGAAGGCUUCAAGACAGCUUCCGAGAGCGAGGAUUCUGGCAGCGAAGAAGGCUCCGAGUCUGAGGAAGAUGAGGAAGACGAUGAGUCUGAAGAGGAAGCAUCAACACGCAAAUUCAUCGCCCCGACCUUUGUCUCAAAAGCACAACGCAAGACCGUCGCCGCGCCAAAGCAGAAUGAGGAGGAAAUAGCAGCAGAAGAAGAACGCAAGCGCAAGGAAAAAGCAGACGCCUUGCUCCAAGCCCAAAUAGAAAAAGACGCCCAAGCCCGCGCAGCAGGCCGCAGAGCCUGGGACGACGAAGACCCAGACGCCCUCGAAGACGUCGACGACACCGACAACCUCGACCCUGAAGCCGAACUCGCAGCCUGGAAACUCCGCGAAUUGCGUCGUGUAAAGCGCGACCGCGAAGCCAUCGAAGCCGCCGAAAAGGAACGCGAAGAAAUCGAACGCCGCCGCAAUCUCACAGCCGAGCAACGAGAAGCCGAAGAUGCUGCUCACAUUGCUGCUCAAAAGGAAGAAAAAGAAGGAAGGGGUCAAGCAGGAUUUAUGCAGAAAUAUCACCACAAGGGUGCAUUCUUCCAAGACGACGAGCAGUUGCAGGAAAUCUCCAAGCGCGACAUUAUGGGUGCCAAAUUCCAGGAUGACUCUGGCAACCGCGAGAUUCUGCCACAAUACAUGCAAAUCCGCGAUAUGACGAAACUGGGCAGGAAAGGAAGGACGAAAUACAAGGAUUUGAAAGCAGAAGAUACGGGACGAUGGGGUGCAGACGAAGACAGAAGAGGCGGUCCCGGCUAUGGAGGCGACAGAUAUCGCGACAGAGAAGGAGCCACCGGAGCAAAUGCUUCUGUCGUGGGCGAGCGACGAAGAAGGGAUGAUGAUCGUGCCACCUUGUCCGCUCACAUACGAAGCCUACAAUGGUAA